UAUCAUUCGAUCCCUGAGCGAAAGCAAAUCGUGAGCAAUUCGAAUAUCGCCAAAGAAUAAAACUACAAACAAAUAAUGUCCGAUCAAAGUAAUCAACGUGCUUCUGGUGCUUUUGUCUUUAACAACAUUGUGAGAUUUUUGUUUGCCGCAAGUCUGUUGAUCGUCAUGUCGGCCAUUUAUCAACAUGAUAGCGAUGGGGGAUCUCAUUAUAUCCAUCCUAGAAGGGCCAUGCAGUGAGGCUAAGAAUGGACAAUUGGUUAUUAAUUUGUAAUAUUUAUUCAGAGUUAAGAAACACUAGCAUUUAAGCCCAAACUAUUGUAAUAAACAUCAACAUCAACAAGUAAACAAAUCGCAUUUGAUUGUAAGCGGGAAAAA